AUGGAGAAACAGGGCAUUCAGAAACGAACUCUGGUUUUCAACCAGUCCUCUGGGAACCAGUUUGUUUACGGUCAUGAUUUUGUGACUUUCUUGAGGCAGAACGGUAUCGACCCAAAGUCCAUUGUUUCUAUGGGCUCGGGUAGAUCUGCCAGGUCGUUUCAUGUGACCUUUGAAUCUGAGGAAACUGUUUCGUCUAUAUUAGAAAAACACCCUGUAGCUGAGAUUGGGACGAAUUCUUAUUCUUUAUCUGGUGGUGAUAAAUCAAAACUUAUCGCCCGUCUUUUCUGGUUACCCGAAUACAUUUCAGACCAUGAUAUAGCAAACUUUUUUAAAGCCUUUAAUUUAAAGGUCGUUAGUGUGUCGAGGGAGUUUUUUUCAAACGAGGGGUUGAAACAUAUCAGAACCCUAACUAGAAGAGUGUUGCUUGAGGGGAAACCUGGUGGAUUUGAUUCGCUCCCCCACACCUCCUCAGUCUGUGGGAAGGAUGUCCUGAUAAUAUUACAGGGUAGGGCCCCAAUAUGCCUCAAAUGCUUUCAACCGGGGCAUAUGCGGAAGGAAUGCCCUUUUUCUAAGACUUCUAGUGUAGCUUCAGUUUCCUCGUAUGCUAGUGCUUUAAGUAAGGCUCCGCCUUCUAGGAAUUUUGUACCUGCAUCCAGUUUGGUAAAGUCCAUCCCUCCUCCUCCUCCUCCACCCCCUCCUACUACUGUGAAACUAUACGAGAAGAGGGUCGACGAGGAUGGUUUUUUUACGCCAAGACACAAUGCGAAAAAACGUACUUCAUCGGAAUGUCAUACCUUACUUGUCGAUGACAGUAAUAACGUGUCUGCCCCAGAUAACCGUAGUAAAAAGGUAGCACUACAAAAGCCUACAAAAGGGAAGAAAGUAUCUGGCAAUACUUACCAUUCCCAAAUGCUCCAGUCGGCUGCAGCUGGAGCUAAUACUCCACCUGCAUCCACUUCCUCUUCUAAACUGUCUGAUUCCUCCUCUUCGAAACCUGAAAAGAAAACCAAGAAUGUUAGUGAUGUUUCUGGUGAGAUGACCUCAGUAGAAUUGCCUCAAGUAGAUAUGGAGUUAGAAGACAUGGCUGCUGACACUGAGAGACUAAACUCAGUGCUCGGCAGUUUAACUCCCGGUGGUUCGUCCAAUGGGGAGGGUAUGGUGUCAGAGGGGGAGUUCUCCGAUGAGGACUCCCUGACCUGA